AUGGCAUGUAACACCACCUCUAGCCCUCAAGACAGUAACAAAGAAAGAGUAAGUUAAAAAAAUUGUUUGUUAUUCAAAUGAUCAACAAAUAUGUGUGAAAAACGUAACGAAGGUUAAGCUGUUAAGGUUGGUUUAUAUUUAAGCCAGAAUUUCCUACAUAACUGCCAGCUGCACCUAAGAUGACCACUCUUGAAAAUCAAAUAUUUUAAAAUCAACACUACAAAGCAGGAUUUGAAACUGUACCAGAUCUUUCAUAUACAUCCAAAAUCCCUAAACUCAAAAAUUUACAUGAUAUAAGCCACUGAGCCUCUUAUAGCCUUUAACAAUGCACACUUUAGUUUUAAACCAGGAUACCAGGGAUCAUCAUGAUCAGGUAUAACCAUGUACUGUUGGAUGAUAAAUUGAAAUGGACAAGUGGUGAUAAGAAACUAUGAGGGAGUAACUCUGUUAAGAAAGGAUUUUGUAGUUAGAUGCAUAUGUCUCUGUUCAGCUGUAACUGAAUUUAAUAAUAAUAAGAUCAUGUUUGGUAAUCAAGUAGGUAUAUGAUAGACCAUCACUAUUAAACAAGGACGGUAACUGAAGUUCUAAACUACCUAAUAGGGAGAUUUAUUAACAACAAUGGUGAUGGCAAUGAGAACGUCAAACAAGCAUCAAGUUUACUAAACAAAACAUUAAGUUUGCACCGUGCAUCAUGCUUUUUUGUACGCUUCUCUGCCGUUACUGCACGACUAGGACACGAAAAUGCCUACUUUCACGUUAUAUGGACGGCGUAAACAAGUGACGACCAAACUUUCUAUCUCUUUCUAAACUUGAGUAGAGUCCCCAAGAAAUCAACUACAGGGAAAUUUGCCUGCAUUACACAUUUUCAGUGAACUGGAAUACACGCGACAAAGUCUGAAAAAAGCUAAUUCAUUUUUAAAAUGGCAUUUUCGCUGCUGUUGAUGCUAAAUCUCCCUAAUGUACCGUAUUGGUCUUGUUUUCUUAUAGGCAGUCAUACACAAGCAACCUCGCUUAGCUCAGAAGGGCUCAACAGAGACAUCAAUUGCAGGAAAAUCACCUCUCUCUGCUGAUAAACCGAUCACUUCGCCCAACAUUGAGUCACUGGAAAAGGAUGUGACUCCAGAGACAAGAGCUUGUCAGGUAUUAUUACAUUGUGUAAUCAUUACACAUAUCGCAUAAAAUGACAGUCCUGUCUUAGUAAACAUCAUCUUUACUUUGUGAAUGCAACUCCUAAAAAUGACCCAUUUUAUGUUAAAAACUACAAAGCAGCAAUGAGUCUGUACCAGAUCUUUCGUAAAAUAUGCAAAAUCCCAAAAAUCAAAUAUUAACAUGAUAUAAGGUUGUUCAGGCAACCUGCAGAUACCUUUCAGGGAAACGGGCACAUCUUUUUUUAAAUCUGCUUAAAAAAUUAGUAUUCAAAAUUUUGUACCGCACUGAAUAACAACAGAGUAAAACCAGUGUUUACCUUAAGUGAAUGAUGUCUUCUUGCUGCUAACCAAAGUCAAAAGGGGGUUCCUCCUUGCCACUGAGCCUCUUGUGGCCUUCAACAAUGCACACUUUAGUUUUAAACCAGGAUACCAGAGAUCAUCAUGAUCAGGUAUAACCAUAUACUGUUGGAUGAUAAAUUGAAAUGGACAACUGGUGAUGAGAAACUAUGAGGGAAUUACUCUGUUAACAAGGAAUUUUGUAGUUAUAUGCACAUGUCUCUGUUCAGCUCUAACUGAAUUUAUUACACACUAGAAAUGAUUUCUAAAUAAAUCUACACAUUACAAGAAUUUGGCCAGAAGGCAAUCAAAGUGAUCUAGACCUUUCACAUUUUCAAGUUAUUGACAUGCCACUAUUUGCAAAAAUGCAUCAGUUAUAAUAAGAUAAUGAUUGUUAAUUAUAUAGGUAUAUGAUAGAACAUAAUUUUUAAACAGCGACAGAAACUGAAGUUCUGAACAAUGGCGAGGGAAAUGAGAAUGUCAAACAAGCAACAGGUUUAUUGAGCAAAACAUUAAGUUUUCACUGUGCAUCACGCUUUUUGGUACAUUUCUUGGCUGUUACUACACCACUAUGACAUAAAAAUGCCUACUUUCACGUUUUAAAUUUUAGAAUGUUAUAAUUUCUAGUUUUUGUAGUUUUAGAAUCAUUAACUUGAAGAUACUAGCUUAUCUUUAGCUACUUUAAAUUGAGGUUAAAUAAAGCAUAUGUAUGUAUGUAUGUAUGUAUGUAAACAAGCGACGACCAAAUUUUCUUUCUCCUUCUAAAUUUGAGUACAGUCCCCAAGAAAUCAACUCCAGGGAAAUUUGCCUCCAUUAGAUAUUUUCAGGGAACUGGAAUACAUGCGACAAAGUCUGAAAAAAGCUGAUUUAUUUUUAAAAUGGUGUUUUUACUGCCUUUGAUCCUAAAUCUCCCUAAUGUACUGUAUUGAUCUUGUUUUCUUAUAGGCAGUCAUACACAAGCAACCUCACUUAGCUCAGAAGGUCUCAACAGAGACAUCAAUUGCCAGAAAAUCACCUCUCUCUGCUGAUAAACCGAUCACUUCACCCAACAUUGAGUCAAUGGAAAAGGAUGUGACUCUAGAGACGAGAACUUGUCAGGUAUUAUUACACUGUGUAAUCAUUACACAUAUCGCAUCAAACGACAGUCCCAUCUUAGUAAACAUCAUCUUUACUUUGUUAAUGCAACUCUUAAAAAUUACCCAUUUUAAAUUCAAAACUACAAAGCAGCAAUGAAACUGUAUCACAUCUUUUGUAAAUAUGGAAAAUCCCUAAAAUCAAUAUUAUUAAUGUACAAUAUAAGGGUGUUCAGGCAACCUGUAGAUACCUUUCAGGGAAACCAGAGCACAUCUUUUUUAAAUCUGCUUAAAAAAUUAGUAUUCAAAAUUUUGCAAAGCACUGAAUAACAACAGGUUAGUACCAGUGUUUACCUAUAAAAGUGAAUGAUGUCUUCUUGCUGCUAACUAAGGUCAAAUAGGUUCCUCCUUGCCACUGAACCUCUUCUGGCCUUCAACAAUGCAGACUUUAGUUACACCAGGAUACCAGAGUUCAUCAUGAUCAGGUAUAACCAUAUACUGUUGGAUGAUAAAUUGAAAUGGACAACUGGUGAUACGAAACUAUGAGGGAGUUACUCUGUUAACAAGGGAUUUUGUAGUUAUAUGCAUGUGUCUCUGUUUAGCUCUAAUUCAUGAAUUUAUUACACACAAGAAAUGAUUUCUAAAUAAACCUACACAUUAAAAGAAUUUGGCCAGAAGGCAGUCAGAGUGUCCUAAAAAUUUUCACAUUUUCAACUUAUUGACAUGGCACCAUUUGGAAAAAUUCAUCAGUUAUAAUGAGAUACUGUUUGGUAAUCAAAUAGGUAUAUGAUAGACCAUCAUUAAAUUCUUUUUUAAACAAGGACUGAAGUUUUGAACUACAUAAUAGGGAGUCUUAUCGACGACAAUGGCGACGGCAACGAGAACGUCAAACAAGCAACAGGUUUAUUGAACAAAACAUUAAGUUUGCACCAUGCAUCAUGCGUUUUUGUACAUUUGUAGGACGUUACUUCAGGACUACGAAGUGAAAAUGCCUACUUUCACGUGUUAUGGACAACGUAAACAAGCUACGACCAAAUUUUCUUUCUCUUUCUAAACUUGAGUACAGUCCUCAAGAAAUCAACUCUAGGGAAAUUUUCAGAGAAAUGGAAUACACGCGACAAAGUCUGAAACAAGCUAAUUCAUUUAUAAAAUGGCAUUUUCGCUGCUGUUGAUGCUAAAUCUCCCUAAUGUACCGUAUUGGUCUUGUUUUCUUAUAGGCAGUCAUACACAAGCAACCUUGCUUAGCUCAGAAGGGCUCAACAGAGACAUCAAUUGCAGGAAAAUCACCUCUCUCUGCUGAUCAACCGAUCACUUCGCCCAACAUUGAGUCACUGGAAAAGGAUGUGACUCCAGAGACAAGAGCUUGUCAGGUAUUAUUACAUUGUGCAAUCAUUACACAUAUCGAACUAUGAGGGAGUUACUCUGUUAACAAGGGAUUUUGUAGUUAUAUGCAUGUGUCUCUGUUUAGCUCAAAUUCAUGAAUUUAUUACACACAAGAAAUGAUUUCUAAAUAAACCUACACAUUAAAAGAAUUUGGCCAGAAGGCAGUCAGAGUGUCCUAAAAAUUUUCACAUUUUAAAGUUAUUGACAUGGCACCAUUUGGAAAAAUUCAUCAGUUAUAAUGAGAUACUGUUUGGUAAUCAAAUAGGUAUAAGAUAGACCAUCAUUAAAUUCUUUUUUAAACAAGGACUGAAGUUUUGAACUACAUAAUAGGGAGUCUUAUCGACGACAAUGGCGACGGCAACGAGAACGUCAAACAAGCAACAGGUUUAUUGAACAAAACAUUAAGUUUGCACCAUGCAUCAUGCGUUUUUGUACAUUUGUAGGACGUUACUUCAGGACUACGACGUGAAAAUGCCUACUUUCACGUGUUAUGGACAACGUAAACAAGCUACGACCAAAUUUUCUUUCUCUUUCUAAACUUGAGUACAGUCCUCAAGAAAUCAACUCUAGGGAAAUUUUCAGAGAAAUGGAAUAGACGCGACAAAGUCUGAAAAAAGCUAAUUCAUUUUUAAAAUGGCAUUUUCGCUGCUGUUGAUGCUAAAUCUCCCUAAUGUACCGUAUUGGUCUUGUUUUCUUAUAGGCAGUCAUACACAAGCAACCUCGCUUAGCUCAGAAGGGCUCAACAGAGACAUCAAUUGCAGGAAAAUCACCUCUCUCUGCUGAUAAACCGAUCACUUCGCCCAACAUUGAGUCACUGGAAAAGGAUGUGACUCCAGAGACAAGAGCUUGUCAG